AACACCACUACGCCGCGCAACUACAAAGGCUAGCAAACAAAAAUAUUCACUCCCUUUGUCCGCAGGUUUUAGGUCUCUAUAUCUACAAAGACGAUUGUCCUAUGGUCACCAAAAUACGACCCUCAUGAUUCCACAUUCACGUAUUAAAACAGUCCACGUUCGCCUCAACUACCAACAUGUCUUCCCUGCUAGAUCGCCCAGAUCAAAGCACACGGCUCUCAGAUAGCUAUGAAACAGAUAAACUGAGGAAAAGAUAUCAGUCAGAGGAGAGCCAACCCCGUGACGCCAAGCGACAGAAAGUACAGCAGCAGCCAGUACGAUCAGUGACAAGAUAUGGGCCGGCAGAUACAACAAUGCUAAUUGUUAAUAGCCAACCUGUCCUGUUUACAAGCCAUUCGAGUCGUUCAUCUUCGAUUGGCUCAAUCAAACUACUUGUCUUCGACGCAGACGUUGUUCAGAAUCGACGCUCUACCCUCCGCCCACCACAAGACAUUACAUAGCUCGGUCAUUGCGUUCUAUGAAUUCUAGUCAGCAGGAAUCACAAGCCAUAGACCAACCCCCAUUGCCACGGUCUAUCGCUUCUCUUCAAAGUGCAGGCGGGGGGUUUCUCCAAACUGGGCAAUCUAGCCCAAGUCGCUCCCUAGGCAGCAAUUCCUCAACCAGUCUAGUGAUGCAGAAUGGCUACAGAGACAGCAAUCUAUACCACAAUGGUAUUUAUAUGAUGUCAACUAAUGAGCCUAUACCAGACGAAAUUGCAGCUCUGACAACGCGCAUGGGACAUGCACGCCACUCCCCUGAGCCGGAUCGAAAACAACUGCUACAGAGCGCUUUCUACACUACAAUGGUUGAUGGCUGCGCAGAAGCGGAUGUAAGCAACUAUUUCAAGGGAUAUAUACAACAGAACAAUCAUUUAUCUCAUCAAACUGCUGCAGUUUCUGAAAACUUGCCAAUGGCAGCAGACUGGCAAGUCAAUCGAGAGAACCCUGGUCGAUUCAGAACAAGCAAGCCAAAGCCAGACAUUCUGUACGGAUAUAAUACUAGACAUGGCUUCAAAGACCAUCGUGUUCACCUGGCGAGCCUAGGGCGCAAUAUGUCGAGCGACGGCAGCCAGCUUGUUUUCCCAUUCUUGGUUGUCGAGCUCAAAGCCCAAGGGCCCGCUGGUAGCCAAGGAAGUCUCUGGGUGGCAGAGAAUCAAGUCCUAGGGGCAGCAUCGACAUGCACAUCCAUGGUGUCAUAUCUCAAUGAUCAACUUAGAUCUCCGAAGUAUAUUGAGACUGCUACUUUUAGCGUUGCCAUGAGUAACACUGAAGCGCGCCUCUACAUUUCUUGGGAAAAGGAGAAGUUUGAAUACUAUACGCAUCGCUAUCGAAGCUUUGCACUAGCUGAUCCACAGCAUCUCAUUGAAUUUCGUCGAUAUGUCCGCAACAUUAUCGACUGGGGUUAUAAUGAGCGCCUAGAUACUAUUCGACACGCUCUCGAUUUGUUCCAGGAGAAUACUGUUAACUCUAGAGCCAAAAGCGAUUAGUAUAAUUGUCACGGAGCGUACGCGCGCACAUGACGAACACCUUAGUUUAGAUAUAGAACCCUUUGUUCCACUUGAGUUAGCUAGUUCACCAAUCUACAUCAUUUCGCGCCA